UGCCAUUUGUGCUAAAAUCAUAGACAAAUAUAAUAUAAGCAUACCUCAUAAGUGAAAUCGUAGACUUGAUAAAUUCGAUGAAGACUGGUAUUCAUUAAUAACAAUCGAAUAUAAUUUAAAAUAAUUUUUAUGAAAUAAGAAACCCUAAACCAGAAAACAGGAAAUUUAUUCGGUUGUUCAAAAUGGCCGAAUUGUAAAUUUGUGUUUACUACUUAAAAACAAAUUACAAAACAUUUUUUUUCCAUUCAUUGAUACUUGAUAACAUUUAAAAUGGCCAAAAAAAAAGGAAAGAAAAUUAAUAUAAAAAAAGCUGUUGUAGUUAAACAGUCACCCGUCACGGAGUCUACCACCUCAGAAGUAAUAGCAGCAUCUUUAGUUCACCAAUCUGUUUUUCUGAAGGUUUGCAGACUGUGCGAGGCAAAAGAUGGACCGUUCCUUAAUAUAUUUGAAGCUGAUAAACUUACUGCGAAAAAAAUAGAUGCCGUCAUGCCUUUCAGAAUUAUGGAGAAUGAUGAUUUACCACAUAAAAUAUGCUUCAGGUGCUCAGCAAAACUUGAAGAAUUGUAUGAAUUUAUACAAAAGUGUAUCAGAACUCAAGACCGCCUGCAAAAUGUUCUUGGCAAGAAGAUGACCUUUACAAAAGUGAAACAUAGGGAGUUGUGGGAAGAAAAACUAAACAAAUCAAAUAUAUCCAACGAUGAUAUAUGUGACGCUUUAAUAAAAAAGGCCAUGGAAGGUAUUAAAGACAUACCACUUAAUCCCAAACCAUUAGAACAAAACGAAAAUUGUUUACUAAAGAGAACUAUCUCAAAGCUAUCUACUGGAAUCAAAAAUGAUAAAAAAAAUACAAGUUCAAAUAAGAAAGAGUCAAAUUUAAAGAGUGAGGACUCUGCAACAAGUGAUAACAUCACUUGUUGUGGAGAACCUUCACAGGAUGAAACACCAGUAACAAGAUCGCUGCGGUCAUGCAAUGAGACAAAUCAUAAUGAUAGUGAAAAAAUUGCCCAAACUACUGACAUAAAAGUAAAAGUUAAAAAUUCCGCUACUGGUAUUAACAGUGGCGACAAAAAGUCCAAAGAAAAAGAAGUGCCACAAACAAAUACAUUCAGUUUAAAUGAUGCGACCCCACAACCGGAGCCGACCUUCAAUAUCAUGGAACAUGUUAGUAUGAUCAAGGUCAACGGCGUGGGUGUCCUAUUCCAAUGCAAAUUGUGCAAUAGAAAUUUCCUCAAGAAACAAGUUGUGAUGUCCCAUACAUGUGCCAAAAACGGUGCCGCGAAAGUUGUUGGGCCGAAACCAAUUAUUCCUGCGGAACCACCGAAAAUAUCGACAGUAAAAUAUAUAAAUACGAAAACGAACGAAGCUAAGAAAACAGAAGAGGAAAUUAAAACGGAAAAUAAGACUAGUGGGCUGGAUGACGAUGAUAAACCCGUCGUCAAGAAACCUAGACCUAAAAUAGGUCCCGCCAGUAAAGUACGCCGUUACAACGAAGACAAUACGCCGCCACCAGAUAAUAAAAAACCUGCGACAAGUGACGCCCUACAGACUGUAACUCCAUCAACAACACCUCCAGUCGUACAAAUUCCAAGCUUUCCUAGUCCUAACAGUCGCUACAAACUUAUGGCUGGACCGAAUAAUACUUUUACACUUGUAGAAGAUAAAAAUAAUCCCACGGAAAUUCAGCCUGAUACAGAAAAAUUAACAGUGGUAGAGCAUAAGGCGGACAAACCAGCGCAACCAGUACACGCAGAAAAUAGACCGUAUCCGGUGAAGCUUUUCAAAACAUUAGCCCACAACUCAGAGUCAGAGCCGGUUCCGUUCACAACACCGGCUAUGAAGAAGCAAUCAUAUAAAAUCGUACAGACAGGCAAUCCAAGCAAACUUCUGAUAUCGACCAAAUCUCAACGGAUAGAGGAAAUUCCUAAAAAGAGAUUAAGAAAACCUAAAAAUGUCGAUGAUGAGUCACAGAAGCAGCCGUUCUCGGUGACCCUCGAAGACAUAACUCCGGCCAAAGAUACCGGGUUUUUCACAUUCGUUAACGUCGAUCCCCUCCUGCAGCCCUCGUAUGUGCUGCCGACGGACAACAUAAUCCAGGAAUCUCAAAUUUCUACUUCCACUAACGUCGCAAAACAGAACAUCAUGAAGGAUACCGAGUCUAAAUAUUCAUGUAACAUGUGCAACGAGGUUUUCUCGAGGGAAAAGAAGUUGCUGGCUCACAUACAUUCCCAUUACAACAAGAUGGACGAGGAAGACGAGAUCAGGGCCGAGAAACCUGGAAGGAAGCGGCGGAAAUGAAACUCUGAUCACACGUGUCAUUAAAUCUCAUGCUGACCGUAGGCUUAAGAUAUAACUUUAAACACCGUAAAGUAAUUUACAUUCGUUUUAUUCACAUCUUUAUUUUUUUUUCAUUCCAAAGUAAUUAAAUAUAUUUUAUAUCUCGUAAUUUUCUAUACUAAAUUGUAAAUUUAAACUUUGCAAAGCUCUUAUGUUACAAAUUCCGGACGUGUCUAAGUAUGUGUAUAUAUACUUAUUUAUUAUAAGAUUGAAAUAGUUUUCCUAGUAGUUAUCGUAGUUUUUACACAGUUUUUGGCAAUUUUUUUGUGUUUAGCCAAACGCGGUUUCAUUAUUUGUACAAAUAAAAUGUUAUAACAAACGAAACUUGUUAAUGUUGAUAUUUUAUGCAAAUAUAAGAAUUAUUGUUUUUUUUUAUUAGAUAAAUAGUUAUCAUCAUAACACCCAUACUAAAGGUACUGCCAUUUUGUUUUAUAUGAUUGCUAAUAUUAAUUUCAAUAAUAAAAAAAAUAUUCCAGA